AUGGAAUCUUCUGGUUACUGCCCUAGUCAAGUCCACAUAUGGUCGGCUAGCGGAGUUGUUUGUGAUUCGUGGUCAGACGGCAGAGACUCAAUUGGCCAGUGGUGCCAAGUUCUGCCAGUCUUUUAUAAGGCGAUGGAGCGCAACUUGAAAGACUCCAGAUGUUUCACUAUCACCUUGUUCGAUAGACACCAGUCUGAGUACACCGUUGCCGAGACGACGCCCACCGGGAGCUUUUCACUUGGGACGUACCGAGUUUCCCUCCAGCACCGUACAUGCGACUGUGGAUACUUUCAAGCUCUCAAUUACCCAUGUUGCCAUGCGAUUGCAUAUUGUGCCCAGUCACGGCUUAACUGGUCUAUCUAUGUCGACGAGGUCUACACCAUGCAGAAGGUGUUCAGGGUGUACCAGAUGGGUUUCGUGCCGCCAAUACUGGAGGGACUUUCGCCACCUUAUGACGGUCCGACCGUUAUUCCGGACCCUCGCUUGAGGCAUUGUCGUGAUGGCCGACCGAGGUCUACCAGAAUCCAGAACAACAUGGAUGAGGCCGACCUUAACCGACCCAAGCGGUGCGGGCUAUGCAGAUAG